AUGUCUUGCCACGACGAUCUCGACCUCUACGUAGCCAUCGGCAAACGUGAAGAGCGUAUGAAUAUUCGCCCCAUCGCAGAGACCCAAAGCCACCCAGCGCACUGGAUGCUACUCGCUGUUCCACCCGAGCAGACCAAUAAAUGCAUCUUCAUCCACGUCAAGGGAGGCCCCAUUGACUAUGAACACUCGAUCCAGCACAACAAGCGUCUAGACAGGCUCAAGGAGCAAUCCAUGGAGCGGAUCGGCCGGAUCGAUAAAUCCGAUCUGCGGCUUCUACUCGCGCUGGCUGAGCGGGUAGAGCCAAAGCGGUGCCAGCUUUACGUGGUGGAGCUUCUAGAUAGGAUGAAUCAGAGGGGCCUGAUCCGACGCCAGGUUGUUGAUAAGUACCAGAGGAUGAUCGAGCCGUCGCUGUGGACACAACUCACGCAAGCCGGACUAGAGGAUCGAGAGGCUGCUAGGGUGACCCUGACAUUGGCGAAGUUAUAUCGAGAAUUUGACAAGGUGGAUGAUAUGCAGGAGGAUGCAUGCCUCUAUGAUUAUCCUGUCGACGUCACUGGUGUCAGAGACCCUGAUGAUCCGAGCGACACGGUAGAGGAGUCUAGAGAGCGAGAAUUCCAUGCAUCGGUGGUAAUGGGGGAAGCAGGGCCAUCGACCGGUGGAUUGCUCCACACAAUUUUCCGUGAGCAGCGAGAGACGAUGAGUUAG